GUUCUCAAUGUAUCACAAAACAACCUCUUGAUAUAUAAAUCUUUAAUUUUUUUCACAGUCUUUUCUUUUUUUUUUCUUCUUCUUUUUCAUAUCCCACACACACCAAAUCUCACCCCCUCCCAACACUAUCCUUAAAAAUGAAGUUCACCAUUCUUUCUGCCGCUGGUAUCCUUGCCGCCAUCUCUCAAGCUUCUGCUGUCACCAUUGUCACUCCUUGGGCUAGCUCUCCUGACUGGGUUUCUGGUGGUCAUGGUAACAUCACUUGGACUACUACUGCUGCCGAUGCCGGUCUCAAGUGUGAUAUCUACAUGUUGAACGGUAACGUCCAAAACUCCAACAUUGUCGCUCAAGUCACUGACCCUGCUACACCUGUUGAUUGUUCCGCUGGAAAGUUCGAUAUCUAUCCUUUGGGUGACUUCGCUACUGGUCAAUACUCUAUCCGUAUUGGUCAAGCUGCUACCAGCACUUGGGUCUACUCUGCCCUUUUCAACUUCAAGGGUAACGGUACCUCCUCCCCUAUUUCCGUUGUUGCCUCUCCCUCUGCCGUUGCUAAUGGUACUGCUGCUGCCGUCCCUGCUGUUUCUGGUGUUGCUGCCUCUGCCAGUGGUAAGGCCCCUACUGCCACUGCUGCCGUCUCUGGUGGUGCCAAGAACAGCACUUCUUCCUCUGCUGCUGCCUCUGCCUCUGCCUCCACUGUCUCCGGUGCCGAGUCUUCCAUGAACAUGAACUCUGCUGCCAUUGCUUUGGGUGCCAUUGCUGCCAUUGCCCUUGCUCUCUAAUUCCCUCUCACCACUCCAUCCUCCUUAUUUUCUUUAAGACCUAUUAAGAAUCUAUUGAUUGUACGAUUAUAAUAUUAUUAGUUUUAUUUAAUAAAAAAAACAACAACAACAAGAAAAAAGAUACCUCGGUAUACUAUGUAAAAGAUACAAACCACUAAAAA